AAAAUCAGCUUCGGAGCAAAAUAGCUGAAAAAGUUUUGGGGUGUUCAAUUUGUAUAUUGUCUUAAAAUGGAAUGAUACCUGUCUUUUAUGCUUUGUACAAAGGGCGAAGAGCAUGGCAGACCCGGGCUCCUGAUCCGCGUCAUCCGUGCAUAUAUCUAUAUACCAAGCUCUGCUAAGAGAUAGCCAAGCUUGCCAAGAUUCGAUGUGAGGUAGUGUCACAUGACAACGAUGUAUAUAUACUCCUACUCAGUGGAUCUCAAGUAUCGUAACCUUUACAUAAACAACAACUAUUACAAUGAUUCUUCUUCUGACAUAUCAUCUGUUGAACGGGAAGUCCCUCUCCUUUUGCCAGAAAGCACUUCGUCCAGCAGACCACUUAUUCCCACUCCACUACGUCCACCAAGAAUAGGUCCUCUGGAAAUUUUCCAUCGACGUACCAGGAAGACGACGGUGACACUAUCUCUACCGACUCCCAUGUCCCCUCUGUCGGACAACCUCUGGAGACCAAGUUCCAAUUUCUUUCGUUGGGAACUUCAGACAUCCCAACCUCAGGUUCGUCAAAGCUCGUUUACACUCCAGAUCCUUCUGGACAAACCUCUUCUCAGAGAUCUUCUUUCAGACAAUUGUCAGAAGUUCCCUCUCCUGCAGAUCCCAAAGACUAGAGUGUCAGGACUUUAUCCCCUGCCUCUUUGUCUUCCAGACGAAUUUCGUCUUCUGUCAGAGAUCCUACGAAUCUUAAAGACCCGAGUGUCAGGACCUCAUCCCCUGCCUCCUCGUCUUCCAGACAAACAUCGUCCAGAUCUGUCAGAACUUCUUCAACAAUAUCUACGAGAUCUAAGUUUUCCCAGACAAUUGAGAUCCCCAGAGCCACUACACGAUCUCAAUCUCGUUUGCAAUCCGCUACCCCAAUGUCUUCCAGCGGCCAUCCGUCGGGAACUGGUCCCCCCGCGGGUCCUCCGCAAAUCCAGGUAACGGACAUGCACACAACGACUUUCAGGCUAAUCAACCUCCACCCCUUCUCACUGCCGAACUGGCAGCAAGACUUAUUGCCGAGGCUUUUGCUCAACAGCCUCAACGACCCGAACCACAAGUCAACCCAAACAAUAACAAUGGAGGUAAUCUCAAAGCCGAAGACGUCGGUUACUUCAAUCCCAGCUCCAAAGACACUGAAAACCUAGGCUUCUUCGCCUCCGGCAAACAUACCAUCUAUACUAAC